AUGACUUCAAUCAUAAAGUUAGAGCCUCUUUCUGGGGCUCAAGACAAUGGUCCUCUAUGUUACCUACUGCAAGUGGACCAAGUCUACAUUCUAUUAGACUGUGGAUGGAACGAACACUUUGAUAUGAGCUUUAUUAACGCUCUGAAGCCUAGGAUCUCUCAAAUUAAUGCUGUUUUAAUUACGUAUGCAGAUAUCAACCAUCUUGGAGCUUUACCUUAUCUGGUGGCCAAAUGUGGUCUCAAGUGUCCCAUUUAUGCUACCUUGCCGGUUCAACAGAUGGGCAAGUUGUUCUUGUACGACUGGGUCACAUCUCAUGAGAAUGCUGAGGACUUUGAGCUAUUUAACUGUGAUGAUGUUGAUGCUGUUUUCAAUCGUAUACAAUAUGUUAAGUAUGGUCAAAUUGUAAGUUGAGUUGUGUUAUUGAUGUUGGUGUUUAGAUUAAUUUGAAAGGAGACAAUGGGUUACAAGUGAUGCCGUUAUCUGCCGGACAUAUGAUUGGAGGGGCUAUAUGGAGGAUAACAAAGAUGGGAGACGAAGAGAUUGUUUAUGCAGUAGACUUCAAUCACAGAAAGGAACGGCAUUUGAUGGCUUCUACAUUUGAAGGUGUUGUACGACCUCAUUUGUUGAUAACAGAUGCCUAUAGUACUGUAGUUCAACGUCGAAAAGUUAGAGACGAGGCUUUGUUUUCUAAAUUAAUAUCAACAUUGCGAGAAGGUGGAGAUGCUGUAAUUGUAACUGACACAGCUGGUCGUAUUUUGGAAAUCGCUCACUUACUCGAAAAGAUAUGGCAGCAGUAAGGAUUUAUUAUUAAAUAAAUGUAUAUACUCUUUAGUUUACUAGACGAUUUGAACUGCUAAACUUAAAUAGCGUAUUAUACUAUAUUACUAUUUAAAGUAGAUGGUUUAACUUACAAUUUUAGACGAGAAACAGGUCUGUCGGGCUACAAUCUCGUGAUGCUGAGUAAUGUAGCGUCUUCUGUGAUUGACGUAGCCAAGAAUCAGUUGGAGUGGAUGUCCGACUCUAUCUUAAAGGCUUGUGAAACAGGUCAAGAGAACCCAUUCGAGCUUCGAAGUUUGAAAUUCUGCCAUUCUUUAAGUGAUCUGUUAAGAGUACGAUCUCCAAAAGUAGUAUUGGUUAGUGGAAUGGACAUGGAAUGCGGUCUAUCGAGGGAACUGUUUCUGGAAAGUUGUGCUGAUUCCAAAAAUUUGGUCAUCAUGACGGGUAAGUUACUAUUAUUAUUGGUCAAAAAGUAAAGAGAUUGUUUUUAAGUUAGUUAAGUUGAUGUAUCAUCUUAUUGUUUUGUAGAUUUUAGGUAACAUUUUGGAUUUUUGGUUUAAAUUUAUUUAUGAUGUUGUUUUAGGUAGAGCAAGUGAUGAUACAUUAGGGUCAAAACUGAUUGAUAUAAGCAGGCAGAAGGACAAGGUAAACCAAACAGUUACAUUGGAGAUAAAGAAGAGAAUCCGAUUAGAAGGCUCUGAAUUAGAAGCCUACAAAGCUGCUAAGAAGCUACAGGAACAGGAUGAAGCUAGACAAAGGUAAGCUGAUUCUUAAUAUCAUGGUUAUGUAACAUACUCUUUGUAAAGCUUACUGGUUUUGUUAUCUUUUAGGUUGGAGAAUGUGCGACGAAAUCCUCGAAUCGACAAUUCAGAAUCCUCGGAAGACAGUGACGAUGAAGACGAGAACUUCAACGUCAGCAGAGCGAGGCUUCUGAACGCUGAGAACGGUGAAAGUAAUGGCGUUAGAGAGCAGAGUAACAAGUAUGAUCUGCUGGCAAGGUUUGAGCAACAUCAGAAAGUGUCAUUCUUCAAACAAAGCAAACGACAGUUCGCCAUGUUUCCUUAUACUGAAGAGAAGCAAAGGGUAAGGAGUGGUUUUUACUAUAGGCUGAUGUUUACUGUAAUUUAUUUGGCAUUUUUAUGUUGAAAAAACUUAUUGGUUUUUGGAAAACAGGACCAAUUGGGUUUGGAUUCAUAUUUUUGUACUAAAUUACUAAAGUUAUAUGUGUUGAAAGUAAAUUACUUUCAGUGGGACGACUAUGGAGAGAUAAUUCGACCAGAAGACUAUACCAAAGCUGACACCGUUAACACGACUCUAAAUCCUACCAGAAUGAAGAAAGAAGAGGAAAUGAAAGAUGAAGAUACAGAAGACGAGGAGCAGGAUAUGGUGAUGGAGAAGUGGCCUACAAAGUGUGUCAAGUAUACUCAAACGUUUGAGGUAAAGCUAUAUAUUGUUAUUGAGGUUGUUUUACAUAAGUUUUGAACUGCGUGAUAUAAUUUUUUAAGUGAUAUUUAUACAUCAAUAUUACGCUUGUGUACAGUAGUUACAGUAGGAUAACGCUGUUUGUAUACGCAAUCUUCAUAUUUUAAAGUAUAACUUUAGGUAUUUUGUAAAGUGGACUUUAUCGACCUGGAAGGACGAGCGGAUUCAGAAUCCGUACAGAAGAUAAUUGGACAAAUAAAGCCAAAACAGUUGGUACUGAUCCAUGGAAACGAAAAGAAUACCAAGUCUUUGUCAGAAGCUUGCGAUAAACAAAAAGCUGUUCAGGUAGCUUAAUCUCAUGAUAGAUAUAACGCUUUUACUUAUGUAUUUAUAUUUGUAGAUCUAAUAUGUUUCAAAAAAUGUUAUUUGGAUGACAAUAUUGUUGUAGGAGAGGAUAUUUACACCAGCGAUCGGAGAGAUAAUCGAUUUGACAAUUGAAACUCACAUCUUCCAAGUGACCUUAAGCGAUCAGUUAAUGUCAUCGCUGGUAUUCCAGACUGUAAGUUGGCUUUUGUUACUGUUUAUGGGAAAGAAAGGCACAAGGUCAUUACUUUAUAAAGUUAAAAGAGAGUGUAUGCGGUCAAUAAGUAAAUAGAAAAGCUAAAUUUAUAGCACCAUUGUUUUUAAACGACCCUAUUAGAUGGUUUUUGGCCGAUGUGUUACAGUUUGCAGUUUAUUAACCUAUAUGUAAAAGUAAAAUAAGAUUAUAGUAAUUAUGUAAAACAUGUUAUAGUAGAUAAAUCAUACAUUGUUUUAGGUCCGUGAAGUCGAGUUAAGUUGGGUAGAUGCCAAGAUUAAGAAGCGGAAGGUCAAGAACAACGUGGACAUGUCAAUGGCGGUGUUGGCCGAGGAGUUGAUGGAGAUUGAGAAGCAACAAGGUUUAGGUAACAACGAGCAGCUCUGUCUCGAGAUCCUACCUUCCAACAACAUACCAUCUCACGAGGCUGUCUUUGUGAAUGAUCCCAAGCUUUCUGACCUCAAGACCUUCCUCAGCAAGAAUGGAUUCGCGGCCGAAUUCAGCUCAGGGGAGCUUUAUGUUAACGAUGCCCUCAAGAUCAGUAGGACGGCCGGUCGCUUCAUAGUGGAAGGACCAGCUUGCGAGGAGUACUACCGGGUCAGGGACAUUGUUUAUACACAAUUUGCGAUUGUUUGA